AUGUGCCAGCCUCCGCAAAUCAGAUCAUACCGCCGCCAUGAGACCGGAAAGAAAGCAGCAAUAUCGAUAAUCGGCCGGAAUAGGGGAUGUGAUAUUAAGAAUGUGAACGAGACAUGGAGAAGAGAUGCUGAGGACAAUACGACUCUUCUGAACUAUUUUGAGGAGGCUUGA